AUGCCGCAGCUGAGCAUCAAUCUUCUUGGGAACAGAGGGAUCCCUGGGAUCCAGGAGCGGACGCUGGUGGCAGUGAAGCCAGAUGGAGUGCAGAGGAGGCUGGUCGGUGAUGUGAUCAAGCGCUUUGAAAGGCGUGGGUUCAAGCUUGUGGGCAUGAAGCUGCUCCAGGCCAAUGAGGGGAUCCUGUCUGAACAUUACCAUGAGCUGCGGAGGAAGCCCUUCUACCCUGCACUGAUCCACUACAUGACUUCAGGCCCAGUGGUUGCUAUGGUGUGGGAAGGUUUCAACGUGGUCAGGACUUCCAGAGCUAUGGUAGGAGAUACCAAUUCCACCGAAGCCAAGCCUGGGACAAUCCGGGGAGAUUUCAGCGUCCAUGUCAGCAGGAAUGUUAUUCAUGCCAGUGACUCCGUGGAGACAGCCCAAAGGGAGAUCAGCUUGUGGUUUCACAGCAGUGAGUUGGUGGACUGGGAAUGCUGUGAUCACAAUAUCACUUACCAGCUCUAAAGGCCUUCCCUUGCUGAGUUGCUCACCAGGAUCUACCUCUGAUAGCAAGUUGCCUUUCCAUAGCCCCUCUCAGCCCAGCAAGUACACCCCCAGGCCACACUUGCAUCACACUGACUCUGCUGGAGGGGACAGAUUUUCCCCUUCAUGUUGCCAACUACUGAUUAUGUUGGACUUGUCCUUCUUCUUACCAUGGUGCCCAUAAACCCUUGAUGAUCAGAUACAUGUGAAGUAAGACGGUGGCAUUAAGGCCUGAAAAGAUUCACAUUAAAAUUGAA